UCAGUCACCCUGAAGCCACAGAGGGGAGAGGACCACGCGGAUGUCAUGGCGAUGUCAUUGAAACGCCCGCAGUUAGAGGAAAGUGUCAGUGCCGAGAAAAGGCACAAAAUCAAGAGGAAAAAGGCCCCCUGGUGGCACAGUGACAUCAUUUACCAAGUGUACCCUCGUUCCUUUUGUGACAGCAGUGGAGAUGGCACUGGGGACUUGAAAGGCAUAGCGUCCAAGGCGGACUACCUGAAGGAGCUGGGCGUGGGGACGGUGUGGCUGAGUCCGAUCUUCUCGUCGCCGAUGGCUGACUUCGGCUACGACGUCUCCAACUUCACCGCCGUCGAGCCGCUCUUCGGGACCAUGGACGACUUCGACGCGCUCAGGGCGGCGCUGCACGACAGAGGCCUGCGGCUGGUGCUGGACUUCGUGCCGAACCACAGCAGCGACGAGCACGAGUGGUUCGUCAAGUCCAGGCGGAGGGAGGAACCCUACACGGACUACUACAUCUGGGCGGACCCGAAGGGCUUCGACGAGGCCGGCCAGCCCAUCCCGCCCAACAACUGGCUGAGCGUGUUCCGGGGGUCGGCGUGGGCGUGGGCGGAGGAGCGGCAGCAGUUCUACUUCCACCAGUUCCUGGCCAAGCAGCCCGACCUGAACUUCCGGAACCAGCGAGUGCGGGAAGAGAUGAAGAAUAUACUCAAAUUCUGGUUGGACAAAGGCAUCGACGGUUUCCGAAUAGAUGCCAUAAAACACCUGUUCGAAGUGGCAGACUUGAGCCAAGACGAACCGGUCGCGAAGGACUCGGCCGUGGAAGACAGCCUGGACUACGGCUUCCUCAGCCACCCCUUCACCGUCAACCAGCCAGAGACCUUCGAAGUGGUCGCGGAGUGGAGGGACGUCAUGGACCAAUACCCUGAAAAGCUGAUGAUGGUCGAGAUGUGGGACGGCGACAUCGGCGAGGUCAUGAAGUACUACGGCAGCGACAGCGUCCCCCUGGCGGACUUCCCCUUCAACUUCCUGCUGAUCGACAGCUUCCGCAGCCGGAGCGACCUGAGCGGCGCCGCCCUCAAGGACGCCCUCGACCUGUGGAUGGACAACAUGCCGGAGGGCAAGUGGCCCAACUGGGUGCUCGGUAACCAUGACAACGGGCGCGUGGGGUCCCGCUUCGGCGAGGACCUGGUCGACGCCCUCAACAUGCUGGUCCUUCUGCUGCCGGGGACGCCCGUCACCUACUACGGGGAGGAGAUCGGUAUGGUAGACGCCCCCGUGUCGUGGGAGGAGACGCAGGAUCCCCAAGGGCGACACUACGGGCGUGAAAAGUACUUGGAGCACAGCAGAGAUCCUGCGAGGACGCCCAUGCAGUGGGACAACACAGCCUUUGCUGGUUUUACGCGAGGGAACAGUACGUGGCUGCCCGUGAACAAGAACUACAAGACCCUCAACGUCCAGGCUCAGCUGCGAGCGGAGAAGAGCCACCUGAAGGUCUACAAGGAGCUCGCUCUCGCGGACCUUUUGCAGGAGGACGGACUGCGUACCCCGUGGUCACCAGGGAAAUAUUCUCGAUACCUCGAAGGCUACGAGAGCUACCUGCUGGUGAUCAACACGUCGGAGGAGGAGCUGGAGGUCGACCUCCACCACCACGCCAACAUGGAGCUUCCGCCGAUGGCCGAGGUCGUCCUGCGCUCCGUCACGGACGCGGCGGAGGCGACCGUCCCGGGGUCCGAAGUAAACUUAAACGAGGUAAAACUUGUAGCAGGAGAAGGUUUAUUACUGAGAUUUGCAGAAUGA